AUGGGUCGUAGAAAUUGGAGCCCGACCUACGGCGACGAGUUUGUCUUUUACGACUACAAUGCGCCGCUGGACGUGGAGGAAAGGUUCCACGGGUUUUUCGACUACGUCCUGGUCGAGCCACCGUAUUUGACGGAGCAGUGCAUGAAAGGGUUUGGUCAGACCAUGAACUUGAUUUCGCGGGAGGUCAAGACCACAUCUGACGGCAAGCAAGUCAUGGUGACGCCCAACGCGUUUAUCAAUUCUGGAGCUCUGCGCGACGCCAUGGCGACCGAGCUGGGGCUCACCCCGUGUGGGUUUGUGCCGACGUUUGAAUCGAAGCUGUCGAACCGGUUGACCACUUACAUCAACUACACGUCGACGCGGUUUGGCCCCUACGAAGACUAG